ACUCUAUUUAAGUGCAGCAUCUUAAAAAUUUUAUCUUAAGUUCUACAAUAAAUUUAUAACUGUAAACUUGUCUCAAGUUAUUACAUAAUAAUUAUAAUAAAAAAAAAAUAAAAAAUUAACAAAAAAAAAAUUUUGAAAUAAGAAAAAUGAAAGUAAUUUUUGUUAUUAGUGCAUUUUUAUUUGCAAGCUGUUUAGCUCAAGAACAUCAUAAAGAUAAAGAAACAACAACAUGGAUUCCUAUUUUAAAAUAUAAUAAAGAACAAAGUGAAGAUGGAAGUUAUAAAACACAAUAUGAAACUGGAAAUAAUAUUGUACAUGAAGAAGCUGGUUUCUUAAAAGAUUUUUCAGAAAGAAAUCCAAAUGGUGUUUUAGUUCAACAUGGUCAAUAUUCAUAUGAAUCACCAGAAGGUGAAAUUGUUAAUGUACAAUAUACUGCUGAUGAAGGUGGUUUCCGUGCAACUGGUGAUCAUAUUCCAACACCACCUCCAGUACCAGAAGAAAUUCAAAAAGGUUUAGAUCAAAUUUAUGCUGGUAUUGAACAGAGAAAAAAAGAAAUCGAAGAAAGAGCUAGAAAUGAUCCAGCUUUUGCUAAAAAAUUAGAAGAUCAAAAAUUGGCACAACAAAAUGGUCAAUAUAUUGGAAUUUUAGAAAAUUUAUAAAUUUUAAAUUAAAAAAAAAAAUCGUGGAGGAGUAAAGAUAAAACAUAUAAAUCGAAAUUUUGCAUGAAGAACAAAUUAAUCUGGAAUAGGAAUUUUUUUUUAUAAUAAAAAAAAAAAACAAAAACAAUUAAAAAUUAUGAAACAAAAAAAAAAUACUCUUUUAGGAGCCUUGAAUUAAGACUGUGAUUUCCUUUAAGAUUUUUUUUAUAUAUUACAUACAUUUAUGAAAUUGUUAAACUUUCUCUUGCUCAA